CCGGCUGCGCAGCCAGGAAGUUCCUUCUUUUCUCCGCCCCGCCGGCCGCGGGCAAGCGGGACGUCAGCGCUGCCAGCGUGGAAACGGCGGCGGGGCUCGGGAGGCGGAAGUAGUGCCCGGGAUCGCCGGGCCUCUGUCGGGCUCCACCGGCCGCAUUAGACAUGGACGCGCCCCUGGAGAAGGGCUCACCUGGAUGAUUCAGGGUAAUCGUGCCAUCUCAAGAUCCUUAAUCACAUCUGCAAAGACUUUGUCAUAUAAGAUAGCAGACCCUACACUAGCUGAAAUGGGAAAAAACUUGAAGGAGGCCAUGAAGAUGCUAGAGGACAGUCAGAGAAGAACAGAGGAGGAAAAUGGAAAGAAGCUCCUAUCAGGGGAUAUUCCAGGGCCACUGCAAGGCAGUGGACAGGACAUGGUGAGCAUCCUCCAGUUAGUUCAGAAUCUGAUGCACGGAGAUGAAGAUGAGGAGCCCCAGAGUACCCGAAUCCAGAAUAUUGGAGAACAAGGUCAUAUAGCUUUGUUGGGGCACAGUCUGGGAGCUUACAUUUCAACUCUGGACAAAGAGAAGCUGAGAAAACUUACAACUAGGAUACUUUCAGACACUACCUUAUGGCUAUGCAGAAUUUUCAGGUAUGAAAAUGGCUGUGCUUAUUUCCACGAAGAAGAAAGAGAAGGACUUGCAAAGAUCUGUAGGCUUGCCAUUCAUUCCCGUUAUGAAGACUUUGUGGUGGAUGGGUUCAAUGUGUUAUAUAACAAGAUGCCUGUUAUAUAUCUAAGUGCUGCUGCUAGGCCUGGCCUGGGCCAGUACCUCUGUAAUCAGCUUGGCUUGCCCUUCCCCUGCUUGUGUCGUGUACCCUGUAACACUAUGUUUGGAUCCCAGCAUCAGAUGGACGUUGCCUUCCUGGAGAAACUGAUUAAAGAUGACAUAGAACGAGGAAAACUGCCCCUGUUGCUUGUUGCAAAUGCUGGAACUGCAGCAGUAGGGCACACAGAUAAGAUUGGGCGUUUGAAAGAGCUCUGUAAGCAGUACGGCAUAUGGCUCCACGUGAAAGGUGUGAAUCUGGCAACAUUGGCUCUAGGUUAUGUCUCCUCAUCAGUGCUGGCUGCAACCAAAUGUGACAGCAUGACGUUGACUCCAGGCCCAUGGCUGGGUUUGCCAGCAGUUCCUGCUGUGACGCUUUAUAAGCACGACGAUCCUGCCUUGACUUUAGUUGCCGGUCUUACAUCAAAUAAGCCAACAGACAAGCUCCGUGCCCUGCCACUGUGGUUGUCCUUACAAUACUUGGGACUUGAUGGGAUUGUGGAGAGGAUUAAGCAUGCCUGUCAGCUGAGUCAGCGAUUGCAAGAAAGUUUGAAGAAAGUGAACCACAUCAAAAUCUUGGUGGAGGAUGAGCUCAGUUCGCCAGUGGUGGUGUUCAGAUUUUUCCAGGAGUUACCAGGCUCAGAUCCAGGACUUAAUGCCAUCCCAGCGCCCAACAUGGCCCCGUCAGCAGUCAGCCAGGAGAGGCACUCCUGCGAUGCACUGAACCGCUGGCUGGGAGAACAGCUGAAGCAGCUGGUGCCCGCGAGUGGCCUCACGGUCAUGGAUCUGGAGGUGGAGGGCACGUGCGUUCGGUUCAGCCCCCUGACUACCGCGGCAGUUUUAGGAACUCGGGGAGAGGAUGUGGAUCAGCUCGUAGCCUGCAUCCAGAGCCAGCUGCCAGUCCUGACCUGUACACUGCAGCUGCGAGAGGAGUUCAAGCAGGAGGUGAUGGGAGCAGCAGGUCUCUUAUACGUUGAUGACCCAAACUGGCCUGGAAUAGGGGUUGUCAGGUAUGAACACGCUAAUGAUGAUAAGAGCAGUUUGAAAUCGGAUCCAGAAGGGGAAAAAAUCCAUGCUGGACUCCUGAAAAAGUUAAAUGAACUGGAAUCUGACCUUACAUUUAAAAUGGGCCCUGAGUAUAAAAGCAUGAAGAGCUGUAUUUACAUUGGCAUGGCAAGUGAUGACAUAGAUGUUUCUGAACUAGUGGAGACCAUUGCAGUCACAGCCCGAGAAAUCGAGGAAAACUCCAGGCUUCUGGAAAACAUGACAGAAGUGGUUCGGAAAGGAAUUCAGGAAGCUCAGGUUCAACUGCAGAAGGCAAAUGAGGAGCGACUUCUGGAAGAGGGGGUGUUACGGCAAAUCCCCGUGGUAGGAUCCGUGCUGAAUUGGUUUUCUCCAGUACAGGCUUCACAAAAGGGAAGAACUUUUAACCUAACGGCAGGCUCCCUGGAGUCCACGGAACACACAUACGUGUACAAAGUACAAGGCUCGGGAGUAACACCGCCUCAGACCCCCUCAGGCGCCCGCACUAAACAGAGACUUCCAGGCCAGAAGCCUUUUAAAAGGUCCCUAAGAGGUUCAGAUACUGUGAGCGAGACCAGCUCCGUCAGUCACAUCGAGGACUUAGAGAAGAUCGAGCACCUGUCAGGUGGGCAAGAUGCCUCGGAAGCUAACAGCCCUGAGCGGCACCCAGGGGUGCCCACCCCUCCAGAAGCCGAGCAGACGGGGGCCCUCCAGGACAGGGCCCAGCGCCUGGAAGAUGACUGCCCACAGGUAGAGGAGCCAGAGAGCUUAAGAUAAAAUUCAGUGUUUGCUUGGAGACUGUACUGAAUAUUGUUUCAGGGAAGAUGAAGUUAUUCUGAAAAUGUGAACUGUGCCACAUGCUAGUAUGAGAGAAAUUACUGUUAUUUGUGCUUAACUGGGAUUUUUGCACAAAAAUGUGCCUGAAAGCCAGGCUUCUGGGAGGGCAAUUGACUUGUCUAAUUUUGUGGGUAUGUACUGAUAGAACAACCAACAACUACUGUUUCUGUCUACCCAAUUGUAAUAAUACCUUUUUCCCCCCAGUUACCAUAAACACUUUUUAUUCACAGAGAAAACUUAGAAUUUCAAGUGCCUGCCACUUGAAACACUUGCUCUCAUCUUUCUAAACACACGUGUGAGAAGUUACUAGGUUGCACAUAAUAACCCUUCGGUAAGACAGCUUUCUUUAGAACUCUCUGGGUUCUCUGUUGUCCUGCUGCAGAGGAGACAGACAGCGUUCUUUGCCAUCUGUUUUGCUUGGUGUUUAGUUUGAUCAGGUUGCAGUAUACAACUGGAUUGCGUUUGGCUUGAAGGAGAGUGGGUUUCAAUGGGAUUGUAAAUAAGAGUGUCAGAGGCCCUCUCCUGCCACCCCCGAUCGCUGCUUCCCCAGAGACGUCAGGAAGGACCGUGUCCGCUCAAGCUGUGGCAGGGUCGUCAAGCAAGUUAGACUGGACAGUGCUUCUGUCUGACUUAGCUCUGCCACAAAUCCAUUUCUCCCUUUAUAUACUAUUUGUAAACAAAUUAAAGGACUCAUCUAUUAAGGGUAACUGUAAAGACUCUUCUUGACCAUAUUAUAUAUAUAUAUAUAUAUAUGUGUAUAUUUUUAAAUACUGAUAAAGCUUUUAAAUUGGCACAAGUACAGACUACUUAUUUCUAUGUUUAAUAUCUGAAAACUCAAUAGAUGCUACUCUUAAAAGCCUCGUAUUAAUAUGCUGUACAGCACCUCGUUACGCUGAAAUUCUAAAUUAAGUACACCUUUGACCCGUUCUCGUGGGAGCUUCUGUAGCUUCUGUUCCACUAGCAGCUCACCCUUUUGGGCCCAAAUCAAACAAGAACCAGAAAUGUAAUCUUUCUCAGGCUGAUCACGCCAGACUACUGCUGAAAUAAUUGGAAGUAACCCUUGAUUACUGCCUGUUCCUACUCUUCCAAAAGUACUGCAUCACUUCGUUUAUCAUAGGUAAGGGCCCCUGUGCCUUUUCGUCCAGUGAAGUCAAGCUACGGGAGACCUUAAGGUGGUGGGGAUUCACAUUGGGUUUGUGGACUGUAGUACUGAAAGCCUUAGUUAUACCACAUUAAGCCUGUAAUUACACUCUGAUCUGAUGUGAUUUCUGACAUUUGGCACUUGUCAAAAUGCAAUUUUCCUUUUUUUUUUUUUUUUUUUUUUUGGUGCAAACGAUUAAACAAAGUCUUCCCUGUUUAUUUGGUGCAAUGAAGUAUAGCAGAUAAAAUGGGGGAAGGGGAAAUUAUCACCUUUAACAAGAUUAAUUUUUAAAUGUUUUUAUAUAUAUUUGAAAUUGUUAAAUUGGUUUUGCUGAAACAGAAUUUCACCCUUGAGAUACUAUUUGACUGUUGGUUUCAAUAAAGGUUCUUGAAAUUGGUA